GAGAGAUAUAAUCGACCAUUUUGUUGUUCAUUGAACUCGAGGGAGCGACAAUUAGAUCAUAUCAUCGGGAAUGGUAAGAAGCUUAGGAGGCGCUCUCUGGAAAAACGAGCAAUCAGUCGGAAAAGAGUAAAAGCGACGGAAGACGACGUGGAUGCGGAGAAAGCAGCGAGAAACGAUUGGAAGUGCAAAAAGGGUGAAUCGUUUCGGGGCUUAUGAGGCGUGAAACGAAGACCUCGAGGCUCCGCAGGAAGUCGUUCGUUUUGGAGUCCGGCGCAGGGAAACAGGAAGGGAUUAGUGGAGUCCUAGGGACGAGAUCUCUGCGUUAUGAGAUUGAUCGAAAAGCGACCAAGACGAUUUUCGAGCGAAGAGAAAACAGAGGACAAAGAUUUUUUCGUUCUUCGAGAGGAAGAGAUUUGUUUCCCUCCCGAGAAGAAAGUGGAAAAGCGAAAGAACAGGCAAUUAAUCGCGAGAAAGUUACGCGAGUCUAAUAAGACGUCGACGAAGGGAAAGAAGAAAUUUUAAACGUCGAUGAAACUUUUCCAGGACUCUCACUCGUUAAAAAGAAACGGAUUAUCGAUCUUAUGAGGCGAAAAUUACGAAACAGACAAGAACGUUCGCUGGGAUAAGGAGGAUAGCAAAGAAACGGAAGUGCCGCCAUCGACGCCAGUCGCGAACUCGAGGACCACGCAAAUCGGCACGAAGUCGUGUCGAAAGGAGCGAUCUAAUCGGGAUAAAGCGAAACGAGCCGAGUGGAAGAAGAAUCGAGGAGGAAAGCGAGGAAUUGUCACGACUCGAAGUAGUGCAAAAAUGCGGAUGAAGCUAUUAACGAUCGUGGUGGUCCUGUUGCUGUCAGGAUCUGGAAACGCGAGGCCUCAGAGAACCGAAGGCUCGAUUGAAACGCAGCCAUCGAAGGCGACUCCCGAGGAAUGGAGAACUUCCGGCGUGCAGACCGUUCGAGAAGAUAGCAGUACACAGUUGAACGGAACACAGCGCCACCUAAAGGACCUGCAGCACAUUGAUCAGUCAUUAAGAACAGUGGCCACUCAGCUAUUGAACGUGACCAACCAUGAAGAGCCACCAAAGAUCAUCGACAACGUGAUCAAGAAGCCCGUAAUGAGUUACAAACCGAUCGAAAGGAACGAGGCUACUCCCAUAAAGGAGAUACACGUUAACAAUGGUCAGGCUGUCAACAGUGGAUUUGGCAGGCCAAUUAAUUCCAAGUUCAGCUACUUCGAGACCAGUCAUCCAGGCCAAGCCAUGGCAAUUACCGAAGAGGAGCUUGAAAGAGAGAUGAUUUCGACACGUCUGAUGAGUGCUUAUAAGAAUCACCCAACGACCACUGGUGGAAUUUCCACGUGGAUCCUUUUGAAUCCACCAUCCACAACCAUGAAGACUGAGAUAGAGAAGAAGACGAAAGAGCCGUUUGAGACUGAAGUCAAGUUGACUGUCAAGUCCACAACCUUGAUGGAGCGUGUGGACACCACUGAAAGAGUGACAGAAAAGGCUACCGUGCCAGCUUCCACGACGAUAGCUGAAGAAGAGACACCCACUACAAGAAAACCUCUUCCAGUGAGCACUAAGAAGACCAUUGAAGCAAAAUUAAAUAAAACUCAAAGCACAGAGAAGGUAGAGCCUAUUCAGAGUACCACUUUGAAGGUCCCACAAACUACUAUGAGUAAUUUAGAGAGUAAAGAGUCAACUGUCAGUGUCACCAAGAAGGUCCAGCUUGUAAGGACGACUCCUAAGCCUAAGAUUGCUACCAUGAAGACUACUGUGUUGUCUAAACCUAUGUCGAAGAAUCCUAGGCCUAAUCAGCAGAAUAGACCCAAACCACCUGCCAGAAGGACUACGGUAAAACCGGAUAUUGUCAAGAGCGAGAACGCGUCUACUGCUAAGAUAGAGAAGGUCACCUUCAGACCUGUCCAAAUGUUUACCAUCCCGAAGAACAAGAUAGAUAGCACUGAGAAGCCUAUGUUCGUGACCAAGAUCAAAGCAUCGAUUCUGAUGGACACACAGAAGACUACUGUGCAGCCUCCUGUCUCGGCUACACCCAGUUUAGAGCUUAAUACAACCUCUAAGUCGACCACAGCUGACAAUAAUCUAGUGGAGUUGUCAGUGAAGCCCAAGCCAAUUGGCACGAAAGUGAACAACGUGCUGAAAGUACAACUGAAGAAGCCCUUAGAUGAAGCUACGAAGGUUGAGGUAGAAUCCAUUAAGGUGAAUACACCUGUGUUGAAGAUCGAAAAGGUAGAGAAGGAAGACAUCAAGAAAGAAGAAACCGAAAAGGAAACGGAGAGCAUGGAUAAUACUAGAAUAGACCUGAUGAAGUUCGACUUCAACCCUGAGCUGACGAAGAUCAACGUGGACACAGAAGCUUCUACUUCGUCUUCGACUUCCACCAGCACGACACCAUCCACGACGACUACGUCGACCACCAAGAGACCCAGACAUAAUUCUAAGAGGAAGAAGAACAAGGGUAGAAGAAGAAAGCCGGCAAGUUCUACAACUACAACUACCGCCACGUCGUUGGUGCAAAGCACAACGGAGACUGAGUUAAUAGCAGACGAAUCUGUUGCUGAAAAUGGAAUACAGGAGUCAAAGAUAGUACCCGAGACUAAGGUAGCCACUAAUUGGACGAAGACAAAGAAGAAGCCAGCUUCGACGCCCAUUAGCAUGCAGAUUUAUAACUUCUUGAGCCGAGAGGUGAUGCCUAGCUUUGGAGUGAUGUCUCUAGUGGGUCUGGGACUCGGCCUGGCUUCCUACUUCCUGUAUCCCUUUGGAGGAACCGUUACCAGAAGAAACUACGAGGUCGAGCCUAAAUACAAGUACAAUUUCGACGAAUAUGGCGGAAACUAUGGCCAGAGCGAGGAAGAAGUCUUAUCCAAGGUUCUUCAGGGUAUGACUACCGACGAAACCAAGUACCCUGGUUCCAAAGACUAUGACAACAAUUACUACAGGUACCAGCACUAUGACGGAGGCUUUGACUCUCAGACUUCCAAGAAAAACGACCAAAGGUACUCUUCAUCCUCUCCAAUGUAUCGUCCAGACAAUACAGCCUCUGUACUGAAGUACAGGAACACUGAUUAUCGUUAUUCCGACACUCCAAGUACCCCCAAUUACUAUGACAGGUCUAAACACCGAGAAUACGUAGUUGGCUCAGCCCUGCCUGGUUCAGCCAAUCGACAAUUCGUUGUUGGGAGCAUUCCAAAGGAGUAUCCACCUUACGAAGACAAGCUCCCAGCUUUAUCCACCCCAGGAAAGCUGGCUAACAGUUACGAGCCCACGGAAAGUGGACAGAUACAGUUCGACCGUGACAUAAAUCAGAACUUUAAUUACCCAAUGGGAUCUGUUCAGAACUUUGGUCAGGUCCAGACAGCCAGACCCGACGAGACCUACGAAGAGGUAGAGAUCACGCCUACCGCAGUAGCCGUGGAACACGGACCUAGGUCUUUGAAGAUCAAACGUUCUCUGCCAAACCCGGCGAACGCACAGUCAACGAAAAUUCAUCAUUCGAGAAGAAAAAGGGACUCCGUGAUCCAAAUCAUUCCUUCCAAGCGAGAGCUAGAAGAGGAAGAGAAGGAGGAAGACCUGAGCAACGAAAUCCUCAAUAUAAUCGACUCAGCUUUGCCAGAGGAGGACUACGAUGACGCGAAGAAGAGGAAGAAGAUCAAAGACCACGAGGUGGAGGACUUCGAGAGUGAAAGAAGGAAAGAGGACGAGAAUGUACGGUUGAAGGAGUCUACCACCAAGAGUCAGACUUCAGAGAUCAGCACAGCCAGCAGCGUAGACACUUCUACAGUUUCCUCAGCGACAAAGGAAUCUGUCGAUUCCUCCACUUCGUCUUCGUCCUCCACUGAAGCCGAUUCCGAAGGUAACACGACGACCAACCCUAAAACCACCGAGCAGAACACCGUCGAGUGGAUCGAGCUGACCACGAAGAAGCCGGUCGAGCAGAACGGUUUCAAUCUCUUCAGUUUCGUGAAGAAGAUCGCUGAGAUCAAGUUCCGGCUCGGUCUGACGCUACUUAAACAUGCCAGCGAGGGUUUCGCCAGAUACCUCGGCCACGUGCAGAAGAGGAUCAAUGGCGAGGAGUGAAGUGGCUCUUUUUGAGGAAGCUGAGCACAAUGGACUCGAGUGACGACCGAGAUUCACAACGUCACUAGGCUAGCACGUACCUUCUUUUCGAGCACGCCAGGACCUCGUUUCGAAAACUGAAAUCCCUCGCGUCUUGACGGUUUCAGAGUCUGGGAACCUCGAGGGGAUAGAGACUGUUUUGGCACGUCUUUCUGG